AUGGCUGGCCCUUUUCUUUCGCCGAUGCCUGGUGAUUUAUUAAACGAGUACAUGUUCGGUAGACGGCGGCAAAGGCGAAAUCGUACUACUUUUACUCCACAACAGUUGCAAGAGUUGGAACAACUGUUCCAUAAAACGCACUAUCCUGAUGUUUUUUUACGUGAAGAGAUCGCUCUACGGAUUAGUUUAAGUGAAGCUCGUGUCCAGGUUUGGUUUCAAAAUCGUCGUGCCAAAUGGAGAAAACAUGCUCGUUUACAAUUGCUACAAGAUGCUUGGCGAAUGAGAUGUUUAGGCAUUGGUACCGCGCAAAUGGUCAUCGAUUCUCAAGCAGCGACCAACGAUAAUAACAAUAUUCUUAAUGGAUCUUCCAAUUGUUCCAACGAGCAUCAAAUUUCACAAAGCGGUGCAACAUCUUGUUUAACAGAAUCUGAAUUCCCCCUUAUGCAUCCGGCGUUUAAAAAUAUAAAUAAUUUUAAUAUCUCCAGCAAUGGAAAUAAUACAUCAAGUAUAGAACAAAAAGGAGGUACAACAUCGGAGGUACCUGUUACAAAUUUCAAUUUCAUUUCCGAUACUAAGUCACCCGACCGAAAGGCCAAAUCAAUUCAUCGAUGCAUUAACAAAAACUUCUACAGAGAGCCUACUCUAUCGAAUUCAAUUAACAUGGAACGACGGAAAUCAUCCCAUCAUCGAUCAUCAAUGAAUACAAAUUCAAAUGAUUCAAACACAAGUUGCACAUCGAAUGCAUCAGAAGAAAUUGAUCUUACCACUAACGUAAAUUGCAUAGAUUAUUCAUGUAACAAUACAAAUAAAACAUGA